CGGAGAAAACGCGCACUGAAUGAACGCAACACGUUGCUGAAUGAGAGAGAGAAAGAGAGAGAGGUGAUAAUACAGCGGUCUGUCCAUCAAAGGAAUUGGGGUGGAAACGGCGUUCGCGGACGCGUUGGCGAGCAAUUCACGAUUAUUUCGCGGCUUUAAAUCAUGUGGAUGUCUUGAGUCUGGGGAGAUAUUAAAAACAUGACGAUUUUCCACUAGUUUUCGUGCGUUUUGAGGAUUUUGACGGGCGCGUCACAGGUUGCCCGGAGAUCCGAAGAGCGGCCGAGCGCACGGAGAACAGCGGGAGGAGAGCGCGCACGCCCGGGCACACACGCGGGGCUGCCCGCCCUGCCUAACAUGGCUGAUCGUCGGUUGUGGGGCGCCGCCGGGAUCUCCAGAAAGACGCUCCAUGCUGCCCAUUGAAGGAGAUGAUGAUGAUGAUGAUGAUGGACCUGAUGAGAAGCAGCUCUCCACAAUAAUGACCAACUUCAUCGACAAGCAUCUGAAAGCGGGUCCGUCCUCGGUUCGGAAGAUGGACGUGAUCAUCCCGUACACCCCCGAUGUGCCCUGUGACCCGAACGGGCAGCGCAUGUGGUGGGCGUUCCUCGCCUCCUCCAUGGUCACUUUCUUCGGGGGUCUCUUCAUCAUCCUGCUGUGGAGGACUCUUAAGUACCUGUGGAGGGUGUGCUGCCACUGCAAGGUGAAGAAGAAGGACGUACAGCGAGUGAGUAACCCAGCUGUCACCAGUGAUGGGGGGAUUAAAGGAGGGGGAGAGCGCGAGACGGCGGCCAGCGAGGUGGGAUGGAUGACCUCUGUGAAGGACUGGGCAGGGGUCAUGAUCUCCGCUCAGACACUCACUGGACGCGUGCUGGUAGUGCUGGUGUUUGCUCUGAGCAUUGGCGCUCUCGUCAUUUACUUCAUCGACUCAUCCGACCCGAUUGAAUCCUGUCAACAUUUCGACAAGGACUUCACAUUACAGAUCGACAUGGCCUUCAAUGUGUUUUUCCUGUUGUACUUUGGGCUGCGUUUCAUUGCAGCCAAUGAUAAGUUGUGGUUCUGGUUGGAGGUGAAUUCUGUGGUGGAUUUCUUCACCGUUCCGCCCGUGUUUGUGUCUGUGUAUCUGAACAGGAGUUGGCUGGGCUUGAGGUUUUUAAGAGCCCUGAGGCUGAUCCAGUUCUCAGAAAUAUUACAGUUUUUAAAUAUCUUAAAAACAAGCAACUCCAUAAAGUUGGUGAAUUUGUGCUCAAUCUUCAUAAGCACAUGGCUGACAGCAGCGGGCUUCAUUCAUUUGGUGGAAAACUCGGGCGAUCCUUGGGAAAACUUCCAAAAUUCCCAACCACUUUCCUACUGGGAGUGUGUGUACUUACUCAUGGUAACCAUGUCCACAGUGGGUUAUGGAGACGUUUGUGCUAAAACAACCCUCGGACGCCUCUUCAUGGUCUUCUUCAUUCUUGGAGGAUUGGCCAUGUUUGCCAGCUACGUUCCUGAAAUCAUAGAGUUAAUAGGAAACCGCAAGAAAUAUGGUGGUUCGUAUAGUGCAGUAAAUGGGAGAAAGCAUAUAGUGGUCUGCGGUCACAUCACACUGGAGAGCGUCUCCAACUUCCUUAAAGACUUCCUACACAAGGACAGGGAUGAUGUCAAUGUAGAAAUAGUUUUUCUCCAUAAUAUUUCCCCUAAUCUUGAGCUGGAAGCCUUAUUCAAGAGACACUUCACACAGGUGGAGUUUUACCAGGGAUCCGUUCUAAACCCCCAUGAUCUCGCCCGAGUCAAGAUUGAGUCGGCUGAUGCGUGUCUAAUUUUAGCCAAUAAGUACUGUGCAGAUCCCGAUGCGGAGGAUGCGUCCAAUAUCAUGAGGGUAAUAUCCAUUAAAAACUACCAUCCAAAAAUCCGUAUUAUUACUCAGAUGCUGCAGUAUCACAAUAAGGCUCAUCUUCUCAACAUCCCGAGCUGGAACUGGAAGGAGGGUGAUGAUGCCAUCUGUCUGGCCGAGCUGAAGUUGGGCUUCAUUGCUCAGAGCUGCCUGGCACAGGGUCUGUCCACCAUGCUGGCAAACCUCUUCUCCAUGAGAUCGUACAUUAAGAUUGAAGAGGACACGUGGCAGAAGUAUUAUUUAGAGGGAGUAGCCAAUGAAAUGUACACGGAGUAUCUGUCCAGUGCCUUUGUGGGUUUGUCUUUCCCCACGGUUUGUGAGCUCUGUUAUGUGAAGCUGAAACUUCUGCUGAUUGCCAUCGAGUAUAAAUCAGACCAGAGAGAAAGCAGCACGCUGAUUAACCCGGGAAAUCACGUGAAGAUGCAGGAGGGCACGCUCGGAUUCUUCAUUGCCAGUGAUGCCAAAGAGGUCAAGAGGGCACUUUUCUAUUGUAAAGCUUGUCACGAUGACAUCACAGACCCCAAACGCAUCAAGAAAUGUGGAUGCAAACGAUCCAAGAGAUCCGGCUCCAAGAGAAUGCGGCUGGCAUGUUGUGUAGCUUGCAGUGGGGCAGAACGGUGCUGCUCGUGCAUGUCAGAAAGUGUCUCUAGUAACUUGGAGGUCCUGCAUCGUGGCUUCCCCCUCUCUCCUGUCUCUCUGUAUGAUAACACAACUACUUUACGCUACUCUAAAAGUAACUAUAAUGGAUACAUCAAAUCAAUGGAGGAAGAGCAGCUGUCCGCUCUGUCACCCAAGAAAAAACAACGUAACGGAGGCAUGAGAAACUCGCCCGCCUGCUCUCCCAAAAUAAUCAGGCUCGACCCGUUGUUAGUCACCGGACAUGAUCAAAUGGAAACAAUGGAUGAGAAUGUUAAGAAAUAUGAUUCUACUGGAAUGUUCCACUGGUGCCCGUCAAAAGACAUAGAAAAGGUCGUCCUGACGAGGAGCGAGGCGGCGAUGACGGUUUUGAGUGGUCAUGUGGUGGUUUGUAUAUUUGGGGAUGUGAAGUCGGCUCUGAUUGGUCUUCGUAACCUGGUGAUGCCUCUGAGAGCCAGUAACUUCCACUAUCAUGAGCUGAAGCCAAUUGUGUUUGUGGGGUCUCUGGAGUACCUGAAGAGAGAGUGGGAGACACUACACAACUUCCCCAAAGUCUCCAUCUUACCUGGCACUCCACUGAGUCGUGCUGAUCUGAGAGCUGUCAACAUCAACUUGUGUGACAUGUGUGUCAUUCUGUCAGCCAAUCAGAACAAUAUCGACGAUGCGUCUCUACAGGAUAAGGAAUGUAUUCUGGCAUCUCUCAACAUCAAGUCCAUGCAGUUUGAUGACAGCAUCGGUUUACUGCAGGCAAACUCUCAAGGUUUCACUCCUCCUGGGAUGGAUCGCUCGUCUCCAGAGAACAGUCCUGUACAUGGACUGGUGCGUCAGCCGUCCAUCACAACAGGAGCAAAUAUUCCCAUCAUCACAGAACUCGUUAAAACAGAUAAGUUGCUGCCACUGGUUUCUCUGAGCCAGGACAAGAGCAGUGGCACCAACUCAGUGAUGCUAAAAGACAUAGUGAAUGACUCAAAUGUUCAGUUUCUGGAUCAGGAUGAUGAUGAUGAUCCAGACACAGAGCUGUAUCUCACGCAACCCUUCGCCUGUGGAACAGCGUUUGCCGUCAGUGUUCUGGAUUCAUUAAUGAGCGCUACAUACUUCAAUGAUAACAUUCUAACUCUGAUCCGGACGCUGGUUACUGGUGGUGCCACACCUGAGCUGGAGGGUUUGCUGGCAGAGGAGAAUGCCCUGCGUGGGGGUUACAGCACCCCACAAACCCUGGCAAACAGAGACCGCUGCCGUGUCGCUCAACUGGCGCUCUACGAUGGGCCCUUCGCAGAUCUUGGGGAUGGUGGUUGCUACGGUGAUUUAUUCUGUAAAGCAUUAAAAACAUACAACAUGUUGUGUUUUGGAAUAUAUCGCUUAAGAGAUGCACACCUGGGAUCACCCAGCCAAUGCACCAAACGAUAUGUGAUUACAAACCCACCGUAUGGUUUUGAGCUGGUGCCUACAGAUCUUAUCUUCUGUCUGAUGCAGUUUGACCACAACGCCGGGCAGACCCGCGCCAACCUGACCACACACUCCACCAUCUUCCCCAGCAAAAAGAGUCUGUCUGCCCACUCCAUACCCCCAUCAUCCGCGCGGCCGGGUCGCAGCCGGAGCAGAGACCUGCGCGAGAAACAGAAUGUGACCAGGAUGAAUAGAGCGGUCUCAGAAAAGAACUGGUACACAGACGAACCUGAGAACGCCUUCCCGAGGAGUUCACAAACCAAACACGCCAAUACACACUCAGCCAAUCAGGUGAAUCAGUACAAAUGCACCAGCAACAUCAUCCAGCCAAUCAGAGAGGUGGAAGAGGACACCUGAGACAAUAUC